AUGCACGCAGCCGUGGAGCCCAUGAUGCAAGCUCCAGUGGUGCAGAAGUUUCCCCGCGAAAAAUGCUGGACACCGCUCGUGGGGGGGCCGGGCACGACCGGUGACGACAGUGCCGGCACAAGCAAAGCGGACAGGAACGGCAAGUGGGGGCGUCGCAGCGGCGGCGGCAAGCCGGCGGAGCGAGACCAGUUCCGCGUUCAGCAGCAGGGGUUUUACGUCAGGGGUGACCUGACCGUCGAUGUGUUUCAGGCGCGAGGCCUGCGCCUGGGGAGUGCCACCGAGAGGCACCCGUACUGCGUCGUGUUGGUGGACCGAGUGAAGGUCGGAGAGACCCCGACAGCAUCCAAGACAGUGUCGCCGGUGUGGAACCAUCCCGUGAAAGUGUCCCAUGAGAGCUUCCGGAGGGCGGCGGAUACCAACGUCUGGCCGGUGCCCUAUCAGCCGCUCUCUGUAUGGGAUCGUUCCAACACCUCGGAUGCCCUCCUGGGGACCGCCCGAGUCCACAUCACCGACGCCCUGUCUAGCGGCGACAAGAACGGCUGGCACAAGCUUGUGGGCACGGGCGAUCAGGCCGGGGUCGAAGAGGUUUGCGGCAAGAUCCGGGUGAAGGUCCACUGGGAGUCGGAGACGCUAGACUCCUCCCCGGAAGACAAGCCGAGGCUGUUUCUGAGGGACGUGUUCGGGCCGGACCAAAAGGACUACCAGCACCUUUACUACGGCGGCCUUUGCAGCACCAUGCUGUGCCCUCCCGCAGGCGAGGAAGCUCUCCUCGAGAUGAUGAUGGGGGUCAGCAGACACGAUGUCACCGCCAACAACCGCGGAAAGGGCGUCGAGGGAAUGCUGAUCCUGACGGAGCUGAGGCUGCUGUUCCUCCCGGACAUCGGCGUCGGAUCCACGACGGCGUCUUUCCUGGAGUUCAACACGGUGCAGGUGUACCUCGCGGCGGUGAGAAACUUCUCGCACAGGGGUCUGGAGGGGGGGGAUCGCCUCCUGUCCAUCACCACCCGCGACGGGCGCUUCGUGCACUUCCGCAUGCCGGCGGCCGCGUCCGCCGCUCGGUGCGGGACGUGGUUCGACACGGAAGGUCCUCAGCAGCAACGGCGGCGGUGGCGGGUAGGGGGGGGCGCGCAGAGCAGCAGCGGAAGGGAGGAGCUCUGGAAGAGGGGGCUGUGGGGGGCGGGGACCAGCGAGCUGUGGAUGGAGCGCUUGGUGGACGAGAUCCGGUGGAGGAAAGCGUCCGGCGACUUCGUUGCCCUGUGGCACAAGCUCAGCGAGACCGCGGCCAACCCCCGGGCGACGGCGAUGACCACGAUUGCCGUCCCUUCUUCCUCCUCCUCCUCCAGCGCUCAGCCCCCUUCUUCUUCGCAAGCUCAUCACGCAGCAGCGUCGGCCAGCAACAACGCCGCGGCGGCGGCAAGGCUAACCGCGAUCCGCGCCGCCGCCGCAGCCGCGGACGCGAGGGGGGACCUGGCGGACGGGCGCGGGGCGCUGGAGCGGGACUUGGAGAGGAUGGGCGUGCCCAAGGCUGGGGGAGGGGGAGGGGCGAGCUACGCCGCGUUCGGGAGGCAGAUGUGGGAGUUCAAGCCCGUCAACAAGGACUACGCGCUGUCGCCCACGUACCCGCAGGCACUUGCGUUCCCGUCGUCCAUCACGCCCGCGCAGCUCUCGGCGGCGGCACCGCAGCGGAGCCGAAGCCGGGUGCCGGCGCUGGUGUGGCUGCACCCCGCCUCGAAGGCUCCCCUCUGCCGCUCCAGCCAGCCCAUGGCCGGGAUGAGCACCAAGGUGGGCAAAUAUGAGGUGCUGAGUGAGGACAUCCACCUCCUCAAGCAGAUCCGGGUGACGCUCGACGCUUCGAAGCUCAGCAUCGUGGACGCGAGAUCGCUGCUGAACGCUAGGGCAAACCAGGUCACCGGCAAGGGGUACGAGGACGUGAACGACAUCGGACGCGACGUGUGCACGCUGGGCUUCAUGGGCAUCGAGAACAUCCACGCCGUCCGCGACAGCCUCGCCGCCCUCUGCGCCGCGUCUCAGGCGCAGGGUCAGGAGUAUUUCCACGCGGUCGGAGCCAGCGGCUGGCUGCGGCACCUCUCUCAGAUCAUGAAGGGCGCGGCGUUUGUUGUCGACGAGCUGCAGAGAGGCAUUGCUGUCCUUGUCCACUGCUCGGACGGGUGGGACCGCACGGCGCAGCUCACGGCCUUUGCACAGCUGUGCAUGGACCCGUACUACCGCACCCUGGAGGGUUUCGAAGUCCUGGUGGAGAAGGAGUGGUGCUCUUUCGGGCACAUGUUCGGCCUCCGCGCUCACUCGGACUCUCCGACGGAGUCGUCGCCGGUGUUCCUGCAGUGGCUAGACGCUGUGUGGCAGCUCGUCGGGCAAUACCCGUCAUCGUUUGAGUUCACCGGUCACUACCUCGAGCGGCUGGUGGAAGGCGUGUACAGCGCGGGCUUCCUCAAUUUUGCAGGGAACUGCGAGCGCGAGAGGAAGGAAAAGCUCAAGGAGCUGCGCGAGACGGGCAGUGGUGCUCUCAGCCUGUUUACCUAUCUCAGGGAGCACGCGAUGGAGGGCACCAUGACGGCGCCGCUGCUCAACCCUCUCUACCGGCCGCCUCCCUACACCCUCGGCAGCGGCGGCGGCGGGCGCGUGCCGGCGCUGAGAGCGGUGGACGUGCUGCGGCCUUGCUGCGAGCUCCAGGGCCUGGAGGUCUGGAAGACGGUGUACAUGCGGGAUAACCUGCUUCUGCACCACAGGGAGCAACAGCUGUCGGUGGAGCAAGGCUUGCGAUUGCAGGCGUACGACUACAAGCGACGGAUCGACUUGAUCGAGGCGAGCAUGGACAGGCUACCCCGGGGGCUCAGGGCUAAGCUUCUGUCCUCCGCGACGGGCAUGAAGAGCCCCGAGUGGGAUCGUCACGACAGGCUGGUGGCCCAGCUCUCGGCGGACCAAGACGCCGCCGCCGCCGCCGCCGCCGCCCAGGCGUCCUCCCUAACCGGCAUGGCGUCGCGGGGCCGCUCACAGUCCCGAGGCUCGAGGUCCGCCUCGGCGAACGCCAACGACGAGAGCCCCCGCAGCCGGAGCCGGAGCUUCAACCUUCCGCUCCGAGGGUGGGGUAAGGGCGGCGGCGGCGGCGGCGGCGGCGGCGGCGGCGGAGUGCACGGCCCCGACGCGCACCGCAUUGACCGCGCGGACACGGACACCUACCGCAACAACCGCGUGGACACGGACAUCGAGGAGGAGAGCAUACGCGCCAUCAGCGAGGGCAGCCGGCACCAGAGCAGCGGGGGGACCCCCAGCCGCGGCGGCGCGGAGGAGGAGGACGAGGUAGAGGAGCGACCGGGUCGCAGCAAGAGCUUCUUCGUUGGCUUGGGCAGGUGGGGGCCCGGUCGCAGGCGGAGCGAGUCGACGCGGGAGUUUUCGUCACCCGUCGCCGCCGGCGGCGGCGGCGGUGUCGAGAGGCGGAGGCGGAACUCUUCCUCCUCAGCGGCGGCGGCGGCGACUCCUGCCAACACCCGGCGAAACAGCCUCUUCUCCUUGUCCGGGGAGCGGCCGUCGGUAGCACCGUCGGUAGACCCGCCUCCAGACAGCAACAACCAGGGGGCGGCGCGGAGGUUCGGAAAGAGGUCGCCCGGCGCCGGCAGGCGGAAGGGCCUGCGCAAGAGCCAGACCAUGGUGGACGUCCCCGCCGGACGUAGGAGCCCCCCGGCACCGGAGCCGCUCAGGUCCGCGAAAGGUUCGGGCGGGAAGAAAGCUUGGGGCCGCAGCAGCCGGGCGACCACGGCGGCGACGGUGGACGUCGAGGACGACCUCGAGCCGCGGCAGCAGCGCGCCAAGUCGACGAGCGGCGGCCGCGCCGCAGCGACGACGCGCGACAAGCGGUCGAGCCCGGACGCCCGGUCGAGCUCCGGCCGGACCAAGUGGGGGCGAGGGAGACAGUCGUCGUCGGUGGGGGCCGAAUACUACGAAGAGGACGAGGAUGAGGAUGUGGUGCCGCGCCGACGCGCGCAGUCUACCGCGGGAGCUUACCAGGCCUCUGCUCCCGCGGCUGAAGGGGUGGGGAAGGCGAAGAAGAAGGGGUCGUCCCGCGCGAAGGGGGUGUGGGGUUCGUUCCAGCGCACCCUCGGCGCGGGCUUGUCCAGCAAGUCGACGCCCGACAUCGUCGUCCAGAGAAGGACCGGCCGCUUGGCGCGACAAACGGUAUCGCCGACGCCGGUCGAGCGCCUGGGUACCUCCGACUCCUCCAAGUCCUCGUCGCACAGCGAGCAGAAGGCGGAGAAGAGCACCACGGGGGGGGAUCGGGAACACCCCGCUCGGGAAGACGCCGCCUCCCCGGAGCGCGUGGCGGCGCUGCUGAAGGCCGAGGAAGAUGCAGAAGCCCGUCGCCAGUUAGAGCAUAGGAUCGUCACCCUUGAGAUGAAGCUGCUCGUCAAAGACCUCGUGGACACGGCCUGCGUGCGGGCGGCGGAGAGGACGAGCGAGAGGUCCGGCGAACGGUCCAGCACACGAUCCAACCAAUCGUCCCUUAAGUGGACACCGCUGUCCGUGUCUUCUUCGGUCGCUCCGGCGCCGCUUCCGCGGCUGUCCGCGACGGCCGUGCAAGCGGAGCGGCAAUCGUUCUUCGGAAACUUGUGGAACGGCGGCGGCGGCGGCAAGGACGACGACAAGGACGGCGGCGACAGCCCCAACGGCGACGGGGGCCUAGGCGGCGGCCAGGGAAUCGGCGGGGGCCAGACCGGCGGCGGCGUCGCCGGCCACUGGGGCGGGUUCGACAGAGACGGGGCGAGGCAGAAGCGCAACUGCUCCGCUGCCGCCGCUGUUAGCACCAACGGGGUCGAUUCGAAGGGGGUCUGGAAGCCGGACGGGACUCGAUAUCCCGCGUCUGCACAAAACCAGGGCCGCAGGGGCAACGAGGAAGAGAAGGAGGACGGGGGCGAGAAGGAGGAGGUGGAGGCGGAGGAAGAGGAAGAAGGGUUUUUCCAGGCCCUCCGCAGAAAGCUUUUCGACGGCGACAAGACGUCGUCCGACCACAAGUCGGCGGCGGCGGGUGCUACGGCGAGCGAGGUGAAGAAUGGACCACCGUCGCUGCAACUGCCAACGCCAGUGAAGCAGACUGCAGCGCCGGUCGCUGCCGUAGGCGCCGGCGCUACCGGCGGCGGUAGCGGUAGCGGCAGCCGCCCGGCCAGGCGAAACUCGACGCCGACCGGAACAAGCGACUCGCGGUCGAUGGCUGCAGCAGCGGCGGCGGGCGCAGAAAAGCAGCGUUCCUCCCCCGCCAUCAUGAUCCUCCCUCCGUCCAAACCGGCCGAGAGAAUCCCUCCGGCGAACCAUCCGGACGCCGGCGCCGGCGGGAGCCGCCCCGUCGAGCGUUCCCGGGCGGUUUCUUCGGCAGCGCCGGUGCCGCCGCCCAUGGCUCCCGAGCUGGCGGAGGAGGCCGCCGCGAAGUUCGGCCUCGUGCGCAUGGAAGUAGCUUCAGGGUAAGGUAGCCAACCGCCCGGCUGCUCGGGAGCAUGAGGAAUCUAACUGGUUCGCAAAGCGGAAUCAGUCCUUGUUCUCUUUUGCAGCGCUGGGAGCAAGAGGAAUAAACCACGCAAGGCGCAGCAGGCACAGUUUUUGUCUUUUUUGCCUACAUGCAGCGCAGCUUUUUUGGUAGGCCCGCCUUCACGGCGAGAAUCGCAGCGAAACGCCCGCGAAAUCAGAGCCGAAAUUAAUUUUACGGAGACUUUCAAAACCCGCAGCAAGCGGAUUAUUCGGCGGAUGUCCUAGUGGCCGUUUUUUUUCCGAAUGGAAGCACCUCCUCCCCCCCCGGGUAUUGCAUACCGACGUCGUAGUCCCCUUCCUUUGUUGAUGUGUGCGUGGAGAGCUACUCGGUCGUUUUUUUUGUUUUUUGUCCAUUUGAUUGUGACGUUUCCCUUGGUAUUAUCGUCGUGAGGUCUCUAGUCGUGUUUCUCGUCGUCAAGCACUCAAAAUGUUGCCCAUCACAACAGCGUCGCGUGUGGUGCUUGUUAGGGUGCGCACCCUGGGAGUGUCGUCGAUGUAUGUGUGACCCUAGUGUAAUUUCCCCUAUAUAUAACGUCGGUGUUGUAUAGUGCACAUUUUUUCGGAGUACAUUUAUUGUUCCCCUGUGUUUCAUAAUAAAAAAGGUUGGUCGUCCCACGUAUUAACGUACCACGUAUUUACUGCUGUGAACCUUUUCUGUAGGCAAAACGAAGUUUGUCUCAGCUUCCUUUCCGGAUUGGACAACCAAAACUGUACGUUUUCGAACAUAGACUACUAUCUAGGUGUAUCGGUUAUGUCAGACUUGUGUAGGGUAAUUAAAGGAGAAGUGUUUUUUUUUCGGGAUUUCGUCUAAGAAAGUUCAGGUGGGGGCACGGUCGGAUGGGAUGACGGUGGUAGCGGGGAGAGGAUCAUGGAUCGAAUGACGCGGGGUUCACGCACUGCCGCUGGUAUGUGCGUUGCCUGCCACGAGUGUCGUCAUCUUGCCGGAACAUGUUGAACGGGUAGUUGCUACGCCUUUUAUGGGCUGGUGGUUUUCCGCAAUCAAACCACCGUGUGUCGGCAGGGGGACAUACAUGUGUCAUGGUUUGGGGGGAGGGUCUCGGGACACACAAAGCCGUAGUAUUUAAUCACCCGAGCUGUGUCGUGGGUUGCUUCGAUAAUUGUAAGAUAUCUGCUGUCGCACGCUUUUCGUAUCGGUUGUUCCAGUUCCAAGCAGGCCGCCUGGUUUGUGUUCGAUGUAUGCAUAUGAGCCUACCAAAGCUGGGCGCGCGGGUGCGUGCGCUUCCUACAAUCGCGGCAGGCCAAACAUGGGUUGGUUCUGAACCCCCCCCCCACGCUGAGGCAAAGUCGUUGAACAUGUAUGCAAAGUAAUCGGAAGCCGUCUUUUUCUAUUCCGAGAGGAUUCAACGAUGUUGAACAUGUUCGUAAAAUCCAGAGUUGACGAAUUGUGUCGGGCAAAGUUUUUGGUGGGAUCGAUUGGGUUUGAAUGACCUCUAUCUUUGGGCAGGUUAACAAGCAUGGUCAAGGCAUGAUAACGGUACAUGUGCGCGCUACGCGCGACGGCAACGGCUUGCUGUAUGUUUUCCCGCGACAGCGCGUCUAGGUAUUUUAGAUAUGUUUGUCACGAGUCGGUCCUCCUCUGAAGAGAUGGCGGUCGUGUCAGUAGACGUUCAUGUACACAUGUCUGGAUUUGGUUACUAGUGAGGCAUGAUCUAUCUGGGAGUGCAGUCUCCGCGUGGGUGGUGACGUUCCAUUCUUGCUGUGUGUUUACCCGCGACAGCGGUGCCGAGCGUCUACUUUUUGAUUCGUCUUUUUGGCGCAUCACUUUCAGUUCUCCUCUACUGAGGUGUACUCUGACGUGCAAUUAGUUUCCUCGCAGUUUUUGACAUGAGGGGGAAAAAGGAAGAAGAAAACAUUCGCUUUGUUGCUGCAAGUACCAGCGUGACCUCUGACCUCUGACCUAGCCACGGCCUUCAUACAACAGAUCUCGUGUGGGGGCCAUGCGUGCGACGCGUUUGGUUUUGACUCGUUACAAUUUUU